GCAGCAAGCAAGCGAGCGAAGAACGCUUUCAGAGAAUAAGUAGUGAUGUAUUAGCCGUCAAGCCAGAUAGAUUUUAGUUGAGUUCUGUAAAUAUCCGUCCAUAAGCUUUGUUUAUGUUUUGAUUGUGUGUGUUUCAGUGUUUUUCUGUUGAAUUUGUCUGCAAUUUUUUUAAAGUUAAUUUUUGAAGAAUGUGCUAAAAACCAUGCUUAACAAAUGGCCAGUGCCGACGAGGAAUUAGUGAAACAACUCCGAGAAGUUUUUGAUCUAUGUGAUGAAUUAAAAUGUGGGAUUAUUUCUGUAAAUCAAUUACGGGACAUUGUCCGAAAACACUUUGGUGGAAGUGAAGAGGAAAUAGCGCAACUAAUAGAGUGUCUCGAUCCUAAUCAGCAUGGAGUCGUCACAUUUGCCGAUUUUUGUUCGGGUGUUGUUUCCACCAUGCAAAACAAGGGGACGAGCUUUGAAGAGACCACUCUGCGAUAUCAAAAGCCAAAUGUGCUGGUGAGCAGUCCACACCUACAGGUGGAUGGGACAGCGAGAGAUGACUCCUCCCCACCCCCUCCAGGUGACACUGACAGUGCCAUUGCUACAGGCAGCGAUGUCAGCAGAGAAUCUUUAGCCGACAAGCAGGACAGUGGCAGUGAUGAUUGUGAUGAGAAUUUUACUUGCAUGGGACAUCUUACGCGACCUGAAAAUAGUUCCGGCAGCUUCAGAAGUACCAGCAGUCACGGCAGCUGUACCGGAGGUGCUUCCAGAAGGCGGCGUUCCCGAAUACUCAAUCGCUCUAGUUGUAAGAGGCUCUCAACUAGUGCAUUAGCUAAUCAGCUUCACCGAAGUGGCAGUCGUCGAAAUUCUCAAAGCUCCGAUGAGAUGUAUCCCUUGGAUGUUCCUAUGUCAAUUGAAGAUGAUGUUAUAGAUCUCAACCAGAAGGUCCAAGAAUUACAAAGUCAAGUGGCAACGUUAACAGAUCACCAAGUCAAUACAGACCAAAGGUACAAUAGGGUCAAGCAAGAAAAUGCUGCCCUACAGAACAAAAUCCAUUCAUUGGAGGAACAGCUAAGGGAGCUUGAAAUCCGCAGUGAGGAUCGAUUAGAAACUGAGCAGCAAAAGUUCAAGGAGAUUAUGGCUCGAUGUGAACGAGAAAGUAAAUUAGAAUUGGAACAGUAUGCCACCAAAUUAUUCCAGUUACAAAAGGAGUAUAUGGAAAUGAGUGAAGAGUCUUUUCGUCUAAAAACCCAGAUAGAAAGACUAAAACAAGAAAAGCAAGAUCUGCAGAACCAACUCUACGAGUGUACAACAGAACUGUUGAAUCUUCGAGAUGAGCAUCACAGGCUUCAAGAGUCUACUCGAAGGGAGAGAGAAGAAUUCCAGACUGAGAGGGCCAACAGUAAUAAGUUGUUGGAUGAAUUGUCUAAAGAACUGGAAAAACAUUCAGAAUCUGCAGGAGAAACUCGUUUGCGAAGCCCCAGUCUCUUAGAACUACCUGCUCAGUACCGAGAACUCCAGCAGGAGCUUAAAAAAAUCAAAGACGAAAACAAGUUAAUAUUAGAAACAAAUGAAGAAUUAAAUGCUCAGCUGUUAGCAAAUAGUUUGCAAGAAGGUCGAACACUAGUAAGCCAAAACUCAGCAAUUUCUUUAGCAGACGAAUUUGAAACCUUAACCAAAGAUGAUAUGAUGAAGGCAUUACAUGAACAAAAAGAAGUAAAUGCAAAACUGAAAGCCUACAUUGAUGGUAUUCUUAUGAACAUCAUAGAAAACCAUCCACAGCUCUUAGAGGUGAAAAAUCCAUUGUAAAACAGUCAAUAUUAUUUAGAACAUGUUAGACUAAGAAGAAAUUAGAAUGAACUUUGUGAUAUAUGGAACCAAUUAUAUUUUUGAAUCUAAUGACAUGUGAGUGAAAAAUUUUAACGCUAAGAUCUUUCAAUAAGGAAAAUUAUAGAUUUUAAAAAUGAAACUUUGUUUUUGACGUUAUCUCAAUGCAUUGCACCCGUCCUAAAAUCGAAUGAAUUAAUUGUUGCGAAAGUCUGUUUUAAUAUGUUAA